AUGAUUGCGAAACAGCAGCGCGCCAGCUUCCGGCAAUACAUCCCAUCGCCAGAUACGCCACGAAUUGCAGGACUUGCGGCUUGUGACGCCCGGCAAUGGGCCGAGAAAGCUUGCGACAACGACUUCAUGCGUGGCUGGAAAGCGCAUUGGGAGAGUCUGGCUGCACAGCCGUACAAAGGUAUCACAACCGAUGGCAAUGUUGUUGAGGAUCUUUUUCACCUCAACACCGAGAUAAAUGGUGGAGACUACAGGAUCAACUUGUGUGCGGCCGCGACACGAGUAGUCGAAGAAGCUGGCGAUCGCGAACGAGAGCGGCUCCUCAAGGGACUUAAUGCCGAAGAGUGGCGCUAUUGGGCUAACCCAGAGAUCUACAUCUACCGGCAUGGAAUACGUCUGGACGAGAUAUCUGACGAGCUCUGCGAAGCAGUUUUCGCGGUCAUUCGGGCCAGUCUGUCAGAACGAGGAUAUGCCAAGGCUAGAGGCUGCAUGAAAGUCAAUCACUUCCUCGGUGAUAUCGUCAACGGCCGGAAAGUCCUCAACGAGAGGUCCUACAACUUCUGCAUUUUUGGCAAGCCGUCCAUGACUGAGCCUUGGGGUUGGCAAAUAUUCGGGCACCAUUUCUGCAUGAACUUCAUGAUUGUCGGAGAUGACAUUGUGGUUUCCCCAAUAUUCAUGGGGGCAGAGCCUAAUGUCAUUGAUGAAGGGCCAGACAAAGGUCUCGAGCUUUUCACGGACCAGGAACAGCUUGCUAUGAGACUGAUGAGUUCGAUGGAAGAGUCCUCGAUAAAGGCGGUUCGGAUAUUUCACGCUCUAAGUGGGCCGGAGUAUCCUCCAGGGCGCUUCCACCGCGCAGACCAGCGGCAUCUCGGAGGGGCAUUUCAAGACAAUCGGCAUGGUCCGCAAGUUGUUGACGAUGAGUCUCAAUCACCUUCCGGAUCACGCAUUGAGCUGCAGCUCCGUUUGAUCGACAAACAUUGGAACGAAACAUACUUUGCCUGGAUAGGUGGCUGGGGUGAUCAGGACGCUUUCUACUACAAGGUGCAUUCGCCGGCGAUCAUGAUCGAGUUUGACCAUCAUUCUGGCGUCUUUCUUACGAACAAGGACGCCCUACCGUUCCACAUCCAUACCAUAGUUCGGACGCCUAAUGGUAAUGACUACGGUAAAGCUUUGUUGCGACAGUACUUUGCGAAGAGAGGAGUAGCGCAGAAAGGAUAG